AUGGCCACUUGGAAGUGGUGCAGUUGUUACUCGAGGCUGCAGCUGACACGAAUGCGAGAGACGAAAGUGAGGCAUCCGCUUGCUGCAGCUCGAAAUGGCCACUUGGAAGUGGCGCGGCUGUUACUCGAGGCUGGAGCUGACCCGAAUGGGAAAGACGCGUGUGAGGCAUCCGCUUUGAUUGCUGCAGCUCAUCGUGGCCACUUGGAAGUGGUACAGCUGUUACUCGAGGCUGCAGCUGACACGAAUGCGAGAAACGCGUGUGAGGUAACCGCUUUGUGGGAUGCAGCUCAUUGUGGCCACUUGGAAGUGGCGCGGCUGUUACUCGAGGCUGGAGCUGACCCGAAUGCGAAAGACCAUUGUGAGGCACCCGCUUUGAUUGCUGCAGCUCAAAAUGGCCACUUGGAAGUGGUGCGGUUGUUGCUCAAGGCUGCAGCUGACACGAAUGCGACAGACAGACAGGGGGCAACCGCUUUGAUGACUGCAGCUCGCAAUGGCUACUUGGAAGUGUUGUUGGUGGCGCAAAGGGGCUUGUUCUCCUUGUCACAAGAAGAAAGCACCGCCAAAUGGCAGGUGUUUCACUUGUGA